UGGCCCUAACGUCUAUAACUCAAUUUUCCCCCGUGCCUUGGCAAUGAAGUCAUUAUGAAGAACUGGUUUUGGAACAUAAUAAUUGCUCGCUUGUCGGACGCCCCUCCGCUUUCAACCUCAAUCAGCUAGUUCUCUAUCUUUGGCAUGUUUUUUUUUCACCAAUUCUGGCGCUUUUUCUGCUCUUCGAAAAUUUGUGGUACGCUCUGGCAACUUUUUUCGGGGGAUAGUUCUUAGUUUGCUUGGUGCUUGGAAGGACGUUUCGUGUCCCUGUAAACAAGUGGUAGUCUGUUUACUCUAAAUCUUGUGUAUUGUGUUUAGUUAUGUCGUUGCAUUGUUUGCGUGAAAUUGGAUUAUUUCUUUGGAUUACUUUUGGAUAUUUUACACCCUGGACUGCAUUUUUGUUUUAAGAUCUAAUCAGCAAUGUCUAAUUUAAGUAUACCCCUUCAGUUUCCUAGUGCCUUUGCAGCUGUGCAUGGACCAAUACCAGUAGACCACCAAACUCAUGAAGGACGCUACUUUUGGGAUUCACGUUUACACCACCCCCUUCAUCAUGGUGCUGCUAGUAAUCCUGCAGCCCCGAACUUGUCUGAUCUCUCAAUGUUGGGAGUAUCAGCUCAACGUAGAGCCGCCGUAGCUGGUGGACCUAUGGAUAGUCCUUUACACUUCCCAUAUCGGUUCAGUCCUACUUAUCUGGAACAUAUGUAUGGAAUGGCAGCAGCUGGAUUACCUGUUGUCCCACCUGUAUCCAGCAUGGACGGAAGAGGUUUUUCUUAUUCUCCUGAAUAUUUGCAACAAAUGGCUGCCCUGGGGCAAAGGUAUAUGAUGGGUGAUCAUUAUUCUAAUCAUGUGCAAUCUGGAUGUGAAUCAGUUCUUGGACGUGAGGCUUCCCACUUAGCAAGUCCACGUGCUGAGACACGCCAUGGGCGAAAGAGAGCAUUAUCGAUUUCUCCAUAUAACUUAUCUGAUACCUUGGCUUUGGAUUCUAUGAUAAGAUUUUCUCCUAAUUCACUAGCAUCAUACACCCAUGGAUCUCGAAGCUCUAGUGCCAGUGGCUCCUAUGGUCAUCUAUCAGCAGGUACACUUAGUCCUACAUUUGGUUUACCUCAGCAGUAUCCUUUACAUCCUGCAUUUCUUCGACAACAAUCAUUUGGUGUGCCUUCUCCAUUUGGUGCACCUCGAAUGUUUGGUAAUCCAUUCGGCUCAUCCCUUCUUUCACCAAAUAUGCCUGAUUCUGGAGGUCGGGAAACUGCUUGCAAUAUUGUGAGUAGCACAGUUGAAGGUGAAGAUAGCCAUGGUAUCAAAAUUAAGAAAGAGAUGCGUCGUGACACGACGGAUGACAAAGAAGGGGGAGGUGACCCAAAAGAUGAACCAGAGGACUUUAUUGAAACUAACUGCCAUUGGAAAAGUUGUGGAAAAGAAUUUAUGACCCAAGAGGAAUUAGUUCAACAUAUAAACAAGGACCAUAUUCAAGGUAGUAGAAAAACAUCAUUUGUUUGUCGAUGGAAGGAUUGUUCAAGGGAGGAAAAACCUUUCAAAGCGCAAUAUAUGCUUGUGGUUCACAUGAGACGCCACACUGGUGAAAAACCCAAUAAGUGUACAUUUGAAGGUUGCUCAAAAGCAUAUUCACGAUUGGAGAAUUUGAAGACUCAUCUACGGUCACAUACAGGAGAAAAACCAUACACCUGUGAAUUUCCUGGUUGUUCUAAAGCUUUUAGCAAUGCAUCCGAUCGAGCUAAACAUCAAAACAGGACCCACUCAAAUACGAAACCAUAUGCUUGUAAAGCUCCCGGCUGUACCAAAAGGUAUACAGAUCCAAGUUCAUUAAGAAAGCAUGUAAAGACAGUGCAUGGGCCAGACUUCUUUGCCAACAAGAAGCAUAAGGGUGGAGAUGGAAAAGAUGAUAGCAAGCCUACCGAUGAUCAGCCCCAUGAUCAAAGUAGUAGCAUGGGAGGAAGUCCAAAUUCAGAUGGUAGUAGUACUACAAAUCCAGGCAGUAUGUCUAGUCCUAGUAUUAAAUCAGAAGAUUCCCCUCACACCAUCCAUGAGGAAUCUGUUGAUGAAUGUGGUCCUCCAAUUAGUGACAAUCAUAUCUCCACAACAAGCAGGCUUCCUGACAUUGAUGCAGUAUGGGUUCCAGUUGCUGAAGUUCUGGAAGAAGAAUUGGAAGAUGAAGUGUCACUAGCUUCUUGUUCUGUUGGUGGGGACAUUAAAACAGAAGGAGGAAGGAGGCCAAAGAGUUUUAAAACUAAGUUUAGAGCAUCUUUCAAAUCUGCCAGAGAUUGGUUCCCAAAUCUUUUAACUUCUAGAUCAGGCAGGGGCAGUUGUAAAAAUUUGGAAAGCAUGUCGCUUACCCAAACGAGCCAAACUACUGAGGUUAAAGUUGCUGAAAAUGUUAUUCAAACUUCUGGUCCAGUUGCUACAUGUACUACUGAUUUGCCAAAGCCGAAUAACUCUCAUAGUGGCAGUAGUAGCACUGUUAGCUCUUUCUUCAGUAGUUUGCAUUCUGAAGCUGGCUCUCAAGGUGCUGCCUCACAAGUCAAUAGCAACAAAUCUGGCCAAUCAUGUAUAGGUCCGGUUAAUAGUUCCUCUACUUACGAUCCUAUUUCUGCUGGUAGUUCUAGACGUUCCAGUCAAUCUGUUGAACCACUUCCCUAUGAACUAACUUCACAGUUGCACAGCAAACGUACAAAGGCAACAGUAGCUCAGGUUCUAUCGAACACUAGCAAUUUGGUUGUUCUCAGUCAAAAUGAAUGCCUGGUGUCUGAUAAUGAGGCAUUUCAACAUGGGUAUUCUCCUUUGUUUGGUUUUCCUCCUCCACAAUAUCCUAUGAGCCCACCAUCGAUGAAUAGUGUAGCUUCACCACAAUAUCCGAUGAGUCCACCUUCAAUGAACAGUGUUGCUUCACCACAAUAUCCAAUGAGACCGCCAUCAAUGAACAGUGUAGCUUCUCCAAAAUCAAACAGUGUCAGAAAUCAUCCUAACCAAAAUAUGCAUUCAUGUGUAUUGGAGGAAAAUAAAGAUAUGGUCCUUCCAGAUGAUGUUGUCAAUUAUAUCAAUGAUGUGGUAGACCAAAUACGUCCUCCUUCUGCGAGCAGUGAAGCAUAUUCAAGUGUCAGUCAAAACUGGACAUGUUGUAAAAAUGACAAUUCUUCAGUUCAAGCUCAACAAUGUUCCCAAAAUGUGAACAAUAGUGCACAGAAUUCCCAAUCUUGUUAUUCUGGUAAUGUUGUGCAACAAUACCAAAACCCAGUUCAAACUUUCCAGAAUGAUAUUAAUAAACAUUUGCAGCAACAGCACGUAAAUUGUAACGCUUCUAAUCCUAAUUUCAAUAAAAUAGCUAAUCAAAAUUCUAAUUUCUGCCAACCUAACAUUCCUUCUCAGAACAACAGUCACAAUGUUGUACAAACUAAUUCACAGCCUCAACAAAAUUGUAUGCAGCAAUCGCCUCACACACUUAAUACUACUUAUAAUGGUUCUCAAACUGAGUGUAAUAACUCCCACUAUUCUCAGAAUAACUAUACUAAUUGUCAAAAUCAUGGAAGCUCUUACAAUUAUAAUCGACAAACAAUUUAUCCAAGUGACAUGUCACAGUCAUAUCCUAGUCAACAUAAAAUGCCAUCAUCUGGAUAUGGUAGCACUGUUCAUCCUAAUACUACUAAUUGUUCAUCACAAAACUAUCAACCUUAUGCUAAUGGAGCCAGAAAUAAUACACACAUGCAUAGCAUUCAGCAAAAUAUACCAUGCAAUAAUACUCAAGAAACUAAAAAUCCAGCUUACAGGUUAAACUCUAACUCUAAUUUAUGUGUUAUACAGAAUGGACAAAUGAAUCAGCCGAUGCACUCCAAUCAAAACGAUAGUGAAUAUGAUGCCAACAAUUGGUGCAAUAAUCAAAUACAAGGCUAUAAUAAUGCUGGAACAGGGUAUAUUAAUCAGUGUCAGACAGGUGUUAAUCCUCAAAACCAACAAAAUAUGAUGUCACCCACUAAUCAGUACCCUAAUAAUCCUGUCCAAAAUUUUGAUUCAAGUGCUGGAUAUGGAAAUUGUAAUGUACAAGCACAAAAUAGUUCUGAAUUUUAUUCUCCCUUUAACUCAUACAAUCAGAAUUUAUGCUCAGGUUCUGAAGUUUCUUAUCCUACUCAACCUCAAAUGUCAAUGCAUCAUAAUCAUUCCAUGCAGCAGCAAUCGUCAUCACAAACUGCAUCAAUAUCUAGGCAAUCGCAAACCAUGGGACAGCCUAUGUGCCACCAAGUGAACAAUCAGAGUCAACCCUCUGUCCAAUCAACCAUCCCGCAACAACAGAGCCAUCAAUUAUAUGCUCAGUAUCAGCCUAUGAACUCUCCAGCAGUUAUGCCUUAUCAGAAGACUUUAAAUUCUCAGAUGAAUCAACAUACAUCUUUGAAAUUAGAAACCCCCCAGCAUCUGAGCUCUGUGAAUUCUCAAGGUCAUCACUAUCAACCACCUGUUAAUAACCAGCCUGUCCAUCAACCUAACAUGGGUUCUCAAACACUUAAUGCUAUGGCUCAAAUGCAAUCACAAACAUCUGUCAAUUCUCAUAUUCAAACUUCCAUAAACUCUCAUACUCAUUCCCACCAUAAUUCUAUAAAUCCUCAAGCUCAGUUAUAUCAACAGCCAAUAAAUCCUCAAACUCAUACUCAACCACCCAGUUAUCAUCAAACUGUUAACCCACAAACAGCAAUGUCUCAGCAAAUGAUGCAGAAGUGUCCCCAAAUUCCAUUUCAACAGCCAAUGCCCCCUCAGUAUCCAGGUUCAUUACAGCAGCAUAACUUACCACCCCAGUAUCCAACACAACAGGUUCCUAUGACGCCUAACUUCUCAUCAGCUGCCUCAAACUCAUUUCAUGAUCAGAAAAUAAAUUGCAACAGCACUGAUCAAAAUUCAUUGCCCACAUUAUUACAUCUUGACAAAAACCAUCUCUGCAACCGCAAAAAAGGCUCAUAUUCAUUACAAGCUCAACAUAGUGCUUCCAGUGUUAGUGAACAAGAUGAGAAAGAAUCUGCUUACGCAGUGACACAAACAAUGGACCAAAAAGAGAUACAGUGCCAAAAUGUCAGCCAGUCAUCUCUUUCUGUUGAAGCUUACCAAAGAACUUUAAAGUAUGUUCAACAAUGCCAAGAAAUGAUGAGCCAACAGCAAGCUUCACCUGGCUGUAAUCGUGUCAGCAGUAGCACUGAUAGACAAAGUCCUGCUGCUAGUUCUCCACUCUCACAAACUUCUAACAUGGUUAUUAAUGAUCUCAAUAGCGGUUUGCAAUCUCUAAUUCAAGAAGAUAGAUGUUUUCAGGUACAAACUAUGUGCGCUAAUCUUUAAAUAUUAGCAUAAAAUUUGUGUCAAUAAUAUAAAUUAAUUUCUAAUUAUUUAGACAUGUAUGUAAUAGCUCAAGACCAAUGUUUAUAUGAUUCUGUGAUACUUAAAAAUAAAUCCUGUUUACAAACAUUUACCAAAAGCUCUGAUGAUUCACAAUUAAUAUUUAUAUUGAAUUUUGAAAAAAUAAAAGAUAAUCUGAACUUGAAUAAUAUUCACAUUUGUAUUUAUAUGUAAGUAAGGGUAUGAUUUAUUUGUAUAGUAAUAUUUGAAAUUAUGUGAAUUUUUUUUCAGUGUACAUUAUUUUAACGUAAAUUUGAAGAUAUUUUUAAAAAUAGGUAUUGAUCUUUUUCUCUUAAUUCAUCUUUAUAAUUUUAUUCCUGUAAAAUAUUUUUUUCAAAUCUGAUAUACGAUUGUUUUUGACAUUCAGUUCUGAUUUGAUCUAAUAAGAUGAUGCCAUUUUAUACAAUCAUUAAUGUAUGUGGGUUUAAGUUAAUGAAUGGCCUAUUUUUAAUCUUGUGUUAUUUAGGCCAAAAAUUGAAGUGCUGUUUUUUUUUUAAUUGUUGAUGGCUUAUUUCUGAAAAGCAUGUGAUACUGUUUGCGAAAUUUAUACAUUUUAUAUUAACUUUUAAAUUUUUGUCUAAUAAUAAGUAUUUUGUUAUUUAAUACUAUGGGUUUGUGUAUAUUUUUACUGAUAUAUUCUUUUAGAAUAUGAAUAUUUAUGUAAAAUGUAUUUCUAUGAAUGAUGUAUAUUUCUUCCAAAGUGCCUUUUCUUCCAUGAAGAGAAAAUGUAAAUGAGGACUCAGAUCACUUUUUAAUUUUUGCACAUCUUGUUGUUCCUAUUUGAAGAGUAAUUGCCAAACUGUGCCGAAUUCUUGGUUAAAGCCCUAUUACAACCUUUGGCUACUUUUUACCAGACACUUGUAAAAUACAGAUCUGUAAUGUGCAAUUUGAUAAAUAUUUCCUGUUUCUGUUGUCAAUUUUGUUUCCUGUAUUGUUGUCAAUUUUGUAAAUACCUUGUUCAUGUAUGCAUGACAAAUAAAAGUGGUUUUUUAUGUUAA